CCGCUGCCGUCCCCGUCCACCGGCGUACUCCUGCAGGGGACGCUCGGGCUGGGCCCCGCAUGUUGGUGGCCGCGCGCGUCCGCCCCUCGCACCGCGCGGUAGGAGAGCGAGCGCGGCGGCGGCGACGAGCCGGACUGGGCGCGCCUGUUCAGGGCGCUAGAGCAACAACGCGGCACCCAAGAUUCGGUGGAAUACGGUAGUCCCUGCAGGCGACGGCGGCCCCGCCCACUGGCGCCUAGCGCGUAGGCGCCCCGCCCGCUCGCGCAGGCGCAGAGCCGCCGGCGCACCCCUGCCGCUAGCGGACACGCGCUCACCCCGCGAUGGCGGACGCCGACCUGCAGUUGGUGGCGCGGCGCAUCCGCAGCUUCCCGGACUUCCCCGUGCCCGGCGUGCUGUUCAGGGAUAUCUCGCCCGUCCUGAAAGACCCCGACUCCUUCCGCGCGUCCAUCCGCCUCCUGACGAAUCACCUGAAAGAGACCCACGGCGGCAAGAUCGACUACAUCGUGGGCCUAGACUCCCGAGGCUUUCUGUUCGGCCCCUCCCUGGCCCAGGAGCUUGGCUUGGGCUGCGUGCUCAUCCGAAAGCGAGGGAAGCUGCCCGGCCCCACGGUGUCCGCCUCAUACACGUUGGAAUAUGGGAAGGCUGAGCUGGAAAUCCAGAGAGACGCCUUGGAGCCAGGGCAGAAGGUGGUUGUCGUGGACGAUCUGCUGGCCACUGGGGGAACCAUGCAUGCGGCCUGCGAACUGCUGGGCCAGCUGCGGGCGGAGGUGCUGGAGUGCGUGAGCCUGGUGGAGCUGACCUCGCUGAAGGGCAGGGAGAAGCUGGGGGCCGUGCCGGUCUUCUCUCUGCUGCAGUACGACUGACUGACGCACCCUCCGCCCUCCGGUGGAGAGGCCUUCCAGCCUCGUGGCUGGCCGAUGGCCGCCAGGGGGCGCCGGCCACCCGUCCGGACCGUUUGUUAACUUUUCUGCACUUGCCCUUUUCUA